AUGUUUAAAGAUUUGGUGAUAUCUUAUGGACCUGAACUUCCACCCGUCUUUAAAGGAGUUACAUUUGAUAUAGUCACAUCAGGAAAAGUUGUCGAUCUCAUUGAGCCCAUUGAUAUAAAUGGAGUUAAAACCAUUGAUUCAAGCACAUCUUUGGUAUCAGAAAAGGAUGAAAAGCAAAAAACAACCAGAAGAUAUAUCAACCGCGACUUAGCGGACGAAGUCUUAAAAUCAUACCAGACACAAAUCCUGCCGGGUGAGAAGUUGAUGUAUGAUAAUGUCGAUAUCUUGAGCUUCGCUUACUCAAAAGUGAAGAAAACUGAAUUGGCGAAAAGCCCUCUAUCCAUUGGUGUUGUCAACAUUAAUAACACCAGUUGCACAAAAUUUCUACCUCUUGAUUUCAAACAGUUCAUAGCAGAUCAAAUUCAGGAUUGUGAAACUGCAUCUAUCUAUUUUACUGACAACCGAUUUAUUGACAAGUUUAUAAUGGAUUGUGAGGAGGAGGUAUUGAUAUUUUUGGAUAAGUUUCAAGACAUAGGGGAUUUAGCAUCUUUGGCAAGAUGUUUGAACGAAAAUCCGAUUGACAUGUCCGUUGCAUCUAAUGAUCUUAUUUAUGUACGAAUUCUUUUUGAUCAUUUCUAUUUCUUAUUCAAAAAUGAUACCCUACUUCAACCAAUGUCUGAACACGAGUUCAGUGCAUAUGUAUGGACUCCAUUGAUCAGAAAUGCCUUUCUUGGAAAGGACGAUUUAAAGUUAAGUUGUGGUGAGCUGGCGUCAAAGUCAUAUGAGAAACUUAAAGGAUUACUAAAUGUUUCCAGCCGUGGUGGUCCGAAGUUAGAUGGAAAGGGUCUUUUGAAAUCUUUAGGGACCGAAAUUUUAGCUCAGGAGGAUGGAGUUUUUAAUACCCCUAGUAAAAGGACAGGAGACCUCCAAAAAUUGGAAUAUUGCUCCAAAGUUAUUCUAACAGCCCUGUUCUUUGCGUUACCUUCAGCCACUAAAAACAGAAUAACAGAUAUCGAAACCUACACCUUACAGUCCAAUGAAUUUCGCCUUAAAAUUUCUGCAUCUAAAUAUCUUUUUGAAAACACCAUCAUCACAAUGGAUUUACAGCAUGUGGAAGUUCCAAGGACGGUGGAGGGGUUCUCGGAAGUUGGUGGUAGGUGUUAA